AUGAAGGAAGCGAAGAAAGGGAAAUCAAGAAGAGUUCUAACGAUAUGUUGUGGCGUAGCAGCAUUGCUUUUAUUUAUAUUUCUUAUUGUUUUUAUAAUCUUAUUAUUUACAGUCUUCAAACCGAAAAAUCCCAAGAUUACAACCCAUCCGACGAGCCUUGAAAAUGUCAAAUUCCAGUUAUACCCUAAUGUUAGCAUAAAUGCAACAAUCGUGUUAAACGUGACGAUCAGCAAUCGUAAUUACGGGAGCUUCAAGUUUCAUAGCUCAACUGCAUAUGUUGAUUAUCGAGGGACCCUUAUAGCUGAGAUCCCAAUUGAGCAAGCCAAGAUCCCAGCUCAUGGCAACUUUACCAUAACGGCAUACGCUAAUGUGACUGCGGAGAAAAUGGUGACGAAUCCAAAUUUCUAUAAUGAUAUGGGUUCAGGUCAUCUCAACUUCACCUCAACGGCAACUUUGAAAGGGAAAGUAAGUAUUUUUAAGAUCAUACAAAUGGGAGCAAAGGUGACGAACAUUUGUGAUAUUUCUGUCGAGAUCAUGACCAGAAAAGUUGAGUCAAAAUGUCGUGCAAAAGCCAAGCUAUAA